UCCUAGGGGCACCUCCCCUGCCUGCUCAACAGGCUCUGACUAUCAUGUUGUUCUUUACUUUUCUCCUGGCAGACCCCAUUGGGAUUGCUCUUCUGGGGGCUCUGCUCUUCUGGGGGCUGUUCUGCUUCACCCGACCCAAAGAGCCAGCUGGGAAGUGGCCCCCUGGGCCAACUCCUCUCCCUUUCAUUGGGAACCUUCACUUGCUGGAUCUCAGGAGACAGGACAAGUCAUUGAUGAAGAUUUCAGAAGAGUAUGGCCCCAUCUUCACCAUUCACUUUGGUCUCCAGAAAAUGGUGGUGCUGACUGGCUACGAGGCUGUAAGAGAGGCGCUGGUCAACUCUGCCGAGGAGUUUGCUGACCGACCACCCAUUCCCAUAUUCCAGCACAUCCAGGAAGGCCAGGGUAUAUUUUUCUCAUCUGGGGAACUAUGGAAAACCACUCGCAAAUUUACCAUGUCUAGCAUGCACAACCUUGGGAUGGGGAAAAAGCUGAUGGUGAAGAAGAUUCUGGAAGAAUUUAGCUUUCUGGCAGGAUUGAUAGAUUCUUUCAAAGGUAAACCUUUCAAGUUGAAAUUAUUCAACAUGGCACCAACCAAUGUCACUUUUCUUCUGCUCUUUGGAGACCGGUUUGAUUACCAAGACCCAACAUUUGUUACUUUAUUGAGAUUAAUAGAUGAAGUUAUGGUUCUUCUGGGCUCUCCCUUCCUCCAUUUGUUUAACUUCUACCCCUUCCUCGGAUGGUUCCUCAAACCCCACAAAACAAUCUUAGUAAAAAUAGAAGAGGUGAGAGUCAUACUAAGGAACUACAUGGUGGCCAGUAGACAGCACAUCCCAGGAGGAUACGUCACAAGCUACAUUGAUGCACUGAUGCAGAAGCAGAGUGAGGAACCAAAGGCAGAGACCUAUUUCUCGGAUGCAAACAUUGUUGCCUCCAUCCUUGACCUGGUGAUGGCUGGUACUGAGACUACAUCUACCUCCUUGCAGUGGGCUGUGCUGCUCAUGGCUAAAUACCCAGAGGUCCAGGCCAAAGUAAAAGACGAGCUGGACCGAGUACUAGGAGCAAGCAGGCUGCCAGAGUAUGAAGACCGAAAGGCAUUGCCUUACACCAAUGCAGUUAUUCAUGAAAUUCAGAGAUUCAUUGCUCUUCUUCCCCACGUCCCUCAUUCCACAUCGGUGGACACCCAUUUCAGAGGGUACUUUCUCCCCAAGGGCACUCCUGUAAUUCCUCUGCUCACUUCUGUGCUUCUUGAUAAGACUCAGUGGGAGACCCCAAAUGAGUUCAACCCCCGUCACUUCUUGGAUGCAGAUGGGAACUUUGUGAAAAAGCCAGCUUUCCUUCCCUUCUCCAUUGGUUGCCGUGUUUGUCUAGGGGAGAGUCUAGCCAAGAUGGAGAUGUUUCUAUUCUUUGUGAACUUACUUCAGAGAUUCACUUUCCACCCGCCUCGAGGCAUCAAAGAGUCUGACCUGGACAUCACCCCGGAGGCAACCUUCACAAUGAGGCCUCAGCCCCAGUCUGUGUGUGCAGUGCCAAGGUCCUAAGGGGCGGUAGCAAAGAACAAUUCCAGGCUACUGUGGGAGCGGUUACAAGCCAACAGGAUGCUCCCUUGGUGGCAAACUGUGAGAAGGGCCAAAUGUGCCUUUGGCACCCUCAAACCUCUCUCUUCCGGGGCCUCCGCUCCCUGUGGCAGUAACAUUCUUUUCCACCACCCUGACCUACAUCUAGCUACCCCAAUGUCCUUAUGAUUUCUACCUUUAUUCCCAUCAAAACCACCUAAAGAGCUGAAACUAACUUACGUUAAGCCCCAACAGUUUAAAAUGUAACAUCCUUCCUCCCUCCUUCCCUUACAGGGGAAUUUGGAUUUUAAAACAAGGUCUUAGAUUAAACUAGUGAAGCGCUGAUGGUGACAUUUAAGGCAUUAACCAAUUUGAGGUGAAGUGGGGUAGGGCGCAUUAUUGCUAUUGCUAAGAUUUCUAAAAUUAUAUCAAACAAUAGACGCAAGAGUGGCAAUCUAUUUUUUUAAAUGGAAAUACUUUUCAUAUUUCCCUUAUUAUAUAAGAUAUUAGCUUGUAGUUUUAAAAAUAUUUUUUAUAUUGUGUUAAGGAAAGAGCCUAUUAUUCCAGUUUUUAAAUGAAAAUGAAUGUUACAUUUUAUGAGAAAAAUCUGCAUCUGAUAUGAUCAUGAAUUCUAUUUUUCUGUUGUCUAUAUUUAUUAUAUUAGCCAGAGAAGUAAAGGAGAGGGAGGCCUUAUGGUCAUGCCUGAAGUCCUAUCAAAUAAAAAUGGGUGUCUGCUCUGUUGAUAUAAAAGCUGAUCCAGGAAACCAUUUAUCCUGGCUUCAAAGUUCUCAACUAAAUUUUUUAAAAUUUAAAAUAAAAAAAAUUAAACUCCUACUAUAUACAGUGCUCUAUACUGGGUCCUGGGGAUAAAUAGAGGAUAGAUCAAUAAAAAGAUGCAUAGAUACAUAGAUAAAUAGAUGAUAGUCAUGUAGAUAGAUAGAUAGAUGGUUAGGUGGAUGAUAGAGCAUUCAUUAUUAGCCCAGGCAUUGUGCUAAAUUCUGGGGAUCCAAAUAGAAUUAAACAAGACAAUCCCUACCUUCAAGUUGAUAUUCUAAUGGGGUAAGGCAAUACAUAUGGGGCAGGAUGUGGAAAUGGCUGGGAAGUGGGUGUGAAGGCCUAGUUCCAUGAAAGACAAAGAGAGAACACACCUAUCAGAGGCCAUCACCCUAGGAGCUGAGUCUAAGGUUCCAAUGGGAAAGAGGUGAGGAUGACAGUCAGAGUAGAGGCAGAAUGGUGUGGAGAUGGCCAGUAAGAUGAAAAAUGGCAUUAGCUUUACUUCAACUAAACUAAUCACCUUAAAAAGUAUCACAAUGAGAUGAAGAAGGUGAUGAUGAUGGUGAUGAUAAAGGUAAAGGAACAAUUCAGACAGUGCUAAGAAAUAUGCUGCAGGAAAGAUCAAAGACUAGUCUUUAAAAUUUUUAUAUCACUGAAACUUAAAAUCAACAACAAAGACAAAUAAUCAAACAUAUAAAAUCAGGAAUAAAAUCCGAAACAAAGUCCUUAGGAUUUAACAAAUCAGAAAUUAGUGAGUUAGCAAACAACACAGAAAACAUGGGUCAGGCAUUCCUUCUCAAGACUUCUGAAAUGCCCCAUGUUGUUGUUGUUGAGUCAUUACAGUUGUAUUCGAUUCUUCAGGACCCCAUAUGAGUUUUCUUGGCAAAGAUAAUGGGGUGGUUUGCCAUUUCCUUCUCUAGCAAAUUUUACAGAUGAGGAAACUGA